GAGGUCAUAUUCACAACCCAUCUCGGCAGGUGAUAGAGAAGCAAUACACGGACAGGAGCGCAAGCCGUACACGGCACGCGACAUUGAACCCGACACGGGUGCCAUCAGGGGCGGGUCACCCUAGCCGCGACGUGAUUGCGCUUCUCGGCCAGCGGAGCCCAUCCCUGCAACCCAACGACCCGCGCCGAGAGCCAAGGCGCCCCGUUCCAAAAAUCCUCUUAGGUUCUCGAACCGCCCGCAUUCCUGGUUCAACUCCAAACCUUCACCAUCGUGAAGAGCAGCACGAAGGCGUUCAGAGGCCUUUUCCAGCGGGAUUCCACAAGGCAGAACACGAUGCUCGCUGCCUUCCGUUUCGGGACGGGUCUAUGGGAUCCGUCUCACCGCUUCGAGACAUCGUGGCUCUUGUCACCCUAUUUAUUGGGUGCUUGUCGGGCGUUAAUCAGUCUUUACAUCUUCGUUGUCCGCUUCUUCAUCAUUGGCUGGACGUGCUCUCACAGCGCGUUUGGCGGGUGCGAAGAUGUCAGAGCAAGCUUCUCCUUCUUCACCGUCCUGACCUACUGGGGUCUGGGCUUCUACUUUCUCAUCUCGGCCAUCCACACCUUCACAUACGCCCGCUCCGGGUCUCCGCUGCUCGAACGCUUCCCGCGACCUUUGCAGGCUCUGCACGCCUUCUACUACACCACCGUCGUCACCUACCCCUUCAUUGUGACGAUCGUGUACUGGGGCAUCAUCCAUAAGGGGCCGUGGUAUCCUGAGCAGUUUGACGCCUGGAGCAACAUCUCCCAGCACGGACUCAAUACCGCAUUCGCCCUCUUCGAGAUUGUCAUCCCGCGCACCAGCGCCGCCCAGCUCGAGUGGGUGCAUAUGCUUUGGCUCAUCAUCGUUCUGGCCCUCUACCUCGCGCUCGCGUACGUGACGUACUACACCCAACACUUCUACCCGUACACCUUCCUCGACAUCGAGGCGAACGGCAGCGGCAAGGUGGCCGCCUAUAUCGUUGGCAUCGCUGUUGCCGGCAUCAUCUUCUACCUGAUCGCCAAGGGCCUCAUCUGGUUAAGGGAAUGGGUGACGGAGAGGAAGCUGGGCAUGGACGGCAAAUUCGCGCAGCAGCGCUUCCACAACUAUGACACUGAGCUGGGCACCAUCAACUCCAAGCAUUGAGAUGGAGUAUUCUGGGGCAAGAGGUGGCUCAAGGAGUGAGUACAUACACCGUUGAUCUAUAUAUGGUAUACACGCUGCAGUCAUGUCUCAAGGUUGGGCCAGGAUAAGGACGGGGAGCAGGUGCCGUAUUGUUACUAUACCCCAGGGCCCCAUGGGGGGAGGCUUUGUUGUUUCCCCUACGAUGAUACGCAUCGCGACUGAUAGAAGCGCAGAGGUGGCCGCACCUUGCACUAUUGUCUAAUGCGGUAAUAUAAGUAAUGCAGACAUCUACAAUGUCC